AUGAAACGGCACAGGUCUUCAAGCAGCAGUGACAGUUCAGAUAAUGAAAGUCCCUCCACCUCGUUUUCCUCGAAUAAGUAUGGCAGUAAGCCAGGUACUCCCGCCUCUGCACAGAAGAAACCGGCCGAGGUGUUUAGAAAAGACCUGAUCAGUGCCAUGAAGCUGCCCGACUCCCACCACAUCUCUCCUGAGGACUACUACCUGCUGGCCGACACCUGGAGGCAGGAGUGGGAGAAGGGCGUGCAGGUGCUGGCCAGCCCCGAGUCAAUCCCUCAGCCCUCCAUCAGGAUAAUAGCAGAGAGACCAAAGGACGUGCUGUUCUCCAGACCGAGGAAGUAUAUCCAGUGUUGGAGUCAGGACUCGAGUGAGACGGGCUAUGUCAACAUUAAGGAGCUGGCGGAGGCCAUGUGCAGAUAUGACCUGGAUGAUAUGGAUCUGUACUGGCUGCAGGAGCUCAAUGCUGAACUCACUCAGAUGGGUGACGGACCGGUGGAUGAGUUAACGAUGGAGCGUGCCAUGGAGGCUCUGGAGAGGUGUUGCCAUGACAACAUGAAUCACGCUAUCGAGACCGAAGAAGGAUUGGGCAUCGAGUAUGACGAGGACGUCAUCUGUGACGUGUGUCGCUCGCCCGACAGCGAGGAGGGAAACGACAUGGUGUUCUGUGACAAAUGCAACAUCUGUGUGCACCAGGCGUGUUACGGCAUUGUGAAGGUUCCGGUUGGGAACUGGCUGUGCAGGACCUGUGUGUUAGGCAUCGACCCACAGUGUCUACUCUGCCCCAAAAAGGGCGGUGCCAUGAAAGCCACCCGGGCAGGAACUAAGUGGGCACAUGUCAGCUGUGCACUCUGGAUCCCCGAGGUGAGCAUUGCCUGUCCAGAACGUAUGGAGCCCAUCACUAAAGUGUCCCAUAUUCCCCCCAGUCGCUGGGCAUUAAUUUGCAGCUUGUGCAAACUCAAAACCGGGGCUUGUAUACAGUGCUCGGUGAAAAACUGCACCAUCCCUUUCCACGUGACCUGCGCCUUUGAACACAACCUGGAGAUGAAAACCAUUCUGGACGAGGGAGACGAGGUCAAAUUUAAAUCCUACUGCCUGAAGCACAGUAAACCCAAAGCAAGCGAGUCGGGCCUGAGCCCGGCCCGCUCCAAACCGCCCACCGAGACUGAGAAAAUGGGUCUGAGGGCACAGAAACUUCUAGAACUAGAGGAAGAGUUUUACACUCUGGUGCGGCCGGAGGAGGUGGCCGAAUCUCUUGCUUUACCCCUUCACCUUGUGGAGUUCAUCUAUCAGUACUGGAAACUAAAGAGGAAAUGCAGUUUUAACAAAGCGUUGCUGCCCCCUAAAGAACAGGAGGAGAACUUACUGAUACAACCACAAGAAGACAGCAUUCACACACGCAUGCGGAUGUUUAUGCAUCUGCGACAGGACCUGGAGAGAGUGAGGAAUUUGUGUUACAUGGUGAGCCGGAGAGAGAAGCUGAAACUAUCGCAGAGUAAAGCUCAGGAGCAGAUAUUCAACCUCCACGUCAAACUCAUCAACCAGGAGCUGUCGGCAGGACUGCCUGUAUCCUCAGCUGUGGAGAACCUGCUGUUCCGGCCUCCUCCACGGAUUACACUCAAGCUCAAAAUGCCCAAAGUGUCACAAGGCAACAGCAAAGCCAGUUCCAAAUCAGGCAACGGGCCGUUAUGUACAGAUAACAGUGUGAAUGUAUAUGAUCACGCAAGAGGCGGGGCUUCAGCAAGAGGCGGGGCUUCAGCAGAAGGCGGGGUCGGCCUGGGUAAACCUCAGCUGGCCCGCUCCCAGAGAGAAGAACGCACAAAUGGUCUCAUUCCAACCUCAGCUCUCUCUGGCUCCAGCCCUGCUCUGUCUGUUAAACCAACCGGCAAACCAUUGGCUCUGCACGCCGCCCUUCACGGUCACUCAACCAAUGGGAAAGGCAAGCCUGAGCAGUUAGCCCACCCACUGAAAUCCAACGGGAUUAUGGAGAAGAGUGCGGUUCAGAGAGACACUUCCUGCCAGACGGCCUGCGACGCAGACGCCCGCGAUGAUGUCGCAGGAAAGAACGAGGCGCAGGGUCUCCGAAGGUCCACCAUAGAACAUUUUAGUCGUUCUUUUAAAGAAGCCACGGUCAGUUUGGUGCGGACCACAGAAGACCUCCGCAGCUCUGCCAAGAGCAAAACCAAAAGCUCCAGCAGAGACCAGACGAACUGUGCUAAACCAGGGACAGAGAGGCAUGAAACAGACGGUUACUGCCCUGACCUGGAGCUUAGUGACUCUGAGCCGGAACCACGCGGAGGAAAGAAAGGUCGAGGUAGCAAAAAGGGGCAAGAGGAGAGGGGAGCAGGAAGGGACCACGGAAAAGCCAGCAAUAGAUCCAAACGGACACUGAGCUCCAGAACCUCAGUGCAGAGGUGACGGUCCCCUUUGCACGCAGGUACACACAUAUAAACACUG